AUGACGCCCUCAUUCUCGUUCACGUCGAAGCCAAGCCUAACCAUAGGAGCAGAUGCGGAGGUAGUCCUGGAAGACAGUGAUAUCUCCAAGGCCAUCAUCGACUACAUCAACGCAAACUACGUCCACGACAUCGUUGUUGGUGCCUCCAGCAGAAAUGCACUGACGAAGUAUCUACGUUUCUCCGUUGCUGCUGAGAUCGCCACCGCUCUGCUCUUUCUGCACCAGGCCAAGCCAGAGCCGCUGGUUCAUCGGGACCUCAAGCCGGCCAACAUCCUCCUCGACCGCAACUACUUGAGAAAGAUGAGCAACGUCGGCCUGGCGCUUCUGGUCCCGCCGUCGGUCGCCAACCAAGUCAGCCGGUACGUGAUGACAUCCACCGCCGGCACCUUUUGCUACAUCAACCCGGAGUACCAGCAGACGGGCAUGCUCGGCACCAAAUCCGACAUAUACUCAUUCGGCAUCCUGCUUCUCCAGAUCAUCACCGCCAAGCCGCCGAUGGGCCUCACGCAUCCGGUGGAGAGAGCCAUCGAGAGGGGAACCUUCAUGGAGAUGCUCGACGCCACCGUGAAGGACUGGCCAGUGGAGGAGACGCUCGGGUUCGCCAAGCUCGCUCUGAAGUGCGCAGAACCGAGGAGGAAGGACCGGCCGGAUCUUGGGAUGGUGGUGCUGCCGGAGUUGAACCGGCUAAGGAAUCUUGGGCAUGCUUAUGAAUCUAGCUCCAUCGGCAGCGACGGCACUGCCACCAGCAGAAGCAGCUACAGCAGCAACGGGCAACACAGUUACGGCGAGCCAGAUCUCUCGUCAAUCCGUUUUCGUAGGCAUCACCAUUACAAAUGCCACGCUUAG